UUUUUGGGGUGAACUAUCCCUUUAUAGUCCCUUUUAAUAGCUGUUGUCAGCAUCACAUUAUCGACGGCGGUCAUUAUGAGGAAGAAGCUCUUGGCUGCUUGUGUGUGACAACUGGUCUUUGUAAUCUUGUUUACUACCGUCUCUUCUUUACUCUCAUCUUCGUGUGCAGAUAUUUGGCGGACUUUUCACGCUCAAGUUGGGUAGUAUUUUAGGCCUGUUCGACUAAGUUCCCACUGUAUUCCGACGGCCCGUGUUAGUGACUGACUGGAGCGGCGCGUAAUUUGAUGACGCUCCCUCUAAAUCCCCGAGUUUUAUUCGAAGCAGCGGGGAACGCGCUUGCGCCUCAGCGCUCACCGUCUGGCUGCAUCCCCUCUUCACUCCGCUCUGCCUCUCUGUCCAGUCACUCCAGCACCGAGCAACAGGGAGUGUGUGUGUGCUUGUGCUUCAAGCUAUAAAGAACUUCAUCUCCAUCGCGCCGGACACACAUCCGCCUCUUCAUCUGCCAUUCGCUGCUCUUUCGCUAACAACCGGCCACAGUAACCAUCGGCCAUGGAGAGGAAGCGGCCCGGCAUGCCUCCAGGACCACGAAUGCCUCAUCAGGGGGCCCCAAUGGGGCCUCCAGGACCACCAUAUGGAGGAAGCCCUGCUGUCCGACCCGGACUUAACAAUCAGGCCAUGGAAGCCAGUCGCAAACGGCCCGCUCCUUCACAGCAGCAGAUGCAACAGCAGCAGGCCGUACAGAAUCGAAACAGGAAUGCCAAGAGGAGGAAGAUGGCUGAUAAGAUCCUUCCACAAAGGAUUCGUGAGCUUGUUCCGGAGUCACAGGCGUAUAUGGAUCUGUUGGCAUUCGAGCGUAAAUUAGACCAGACCAUAAUGCGCAAACGGGUGGACAUCCAAGAGGCACUUAAGAGACCCAUGAAGCAAAAGCGAAAACUGCGUCUCUACAUCUCCAACACAUUUAACCCUGCCAAGCCUGAUGCAGAGGACUCUGAAGGUAGCAUUGCAUCCUGGGAGCUACGUGUGGAGGGCAAACUGCUGGAUGAUCCGGGAAAGAUGAAGAGGAAGUUCUCCUCAUUCUUCAAGAGUCUGGUGAUUGAGCUUGACAAAGACCUUUACGGCCCUGAUAACCAUUUGGUUGAGUGGCAUCGUACCCCAACCACUCAGGAGACAGACGGUUUCCAGGUGAAGAGGCCUGGAGAUGUGAGCGUGCGCUGCACCCUGCUGCUAAUGCUGGAUUACCAGCCACCUCAGUUUAAACUGGAUCCGCGUCUGGCUCGUCUGCUGGGAAUACACACACAGACUCGCUCCAGUAUCAUACAGGCCCUCUGGCAGUAUGUCAAAACCAACAAACUGCAGGAUUCUCAUGACAAGGAGUACAUCAACUGUGACAAGUACUUCCAACAGAUCUUUGACUGUCCACGUCUGAAGUUCUCUGAAAUUCCACAGCGCCUCACCAACCUUUUACUUCCCCCCGACCCUAUUGUCAUCAAUCACAUCAUUAGCGUCGACCCUAAUGAUCAGAAAAAGACGGCGUGCUAUGACAUUGAUGUAGAGGUGGAAGAUCCUCUUAAAGCACAAAUGAGCAGCUUCUUGCUCUCCACAGCCAAUCAGCAAGAGAUUGCCUCUUUGGACAACAAGAUCCAUGAGACUAUUGAGUCCAUCAGUCAGCUGAAGAUCCAGAGAGAUUUCAUGCUCAGCUUCUCCAGAGAUCCCAAAAGCUACAUCCAGGACUGGCUCAAAUCCCAGAGCAGAGAUCUGAAGCUGAUGACAGAUGUUGUUGGGAACCCAGAGGAAGAGAGGAGAGCAGAGUUUUAUCAUCAGCCUUGGUCUCAGGAGGCUGUUAGCCGUUACUUCUACUGCAAGAUUCAGCAGAGGAGGCAGGAGCUAGAGCAGGCCUUGGCCUCGAGGAACACCUAGAACUCAAACCGACCACAUUCAGAAAACAUGGCUCAUUUGUGACAACACAGCCAACACACGGAGGUUCCUGCAUUAUUUUCUGCAGUGUAUGAGGGUUUGUGUGCGCGUCCAGUCAUUGUUGUCGCUGUGACCUACAAUCCACCAUAAUGGACCAAUCACACCGUUACUCCAACAGCCCCAUUGUAUAGUAUGUGUCUUCCAUUCCUGGAUGAAAUCAUCUCACAAUGCACUAUUUGGAUUUCUGUUUUUUAAUACCAAUCACAUCCACCAGCAUUUUGAACUUGAUGACUUCAGAGCCGGCUCAGUCCCGUAGACUGUGGAUCCAACGUUGAUUCAGUUGUGAUUCAGCUUUCCUUACUGUCAGUCAUCAAUUCCUGGUAUUCACACACAUUUUCCCUGUGAUUAACGUGUGUUUUGACUCAGUUAUUGAUGAUGUCUCUAAUUUAGUCCACACUUGUACCAGUUUUUUUCUUGGGUAUUGAUCAAAAAGGUCAUUUUGAAUGCCUGUCAGUGUUGGGAAUCAGUGGAGAUACAAUAAUUAUCUCCAUUAUUAACACUUUUAUUUAGAAGUGUAUUUAUGAAGUACUUUGAGGCAGGCAGCUUAAAGAGGAGAAUCAUUCAGUAUUAACUGAACUGGUGGCUUACAGGGUAUGUCGCUCUCUGCUGUCUGUCCCUGCCACAAUAAUGACAUUUAGCUGCAAUUGUGUAUAUAAACAUUGAAAGAUAGGAGGUUGUUUUAACCAAGUAUUUAAAAGCUAUUCUGCCAUAUAAAGACAAAACAGUAAGUACACUCGAGAGAGAAUGUGACUUUAGAGUUUUUGAUUUUUUAAAAGUUUUGAUCAAUUUUCACACUUUUUUUGAUUGAAUUAUGUGUAGUUGCUGUGUUUUGCCUUUGUAGGACAGUACUGACAUAGUCAUUAGUUCACUUUGAAGGAAUUUGAUAGGUCACGGUUUUUGAGAAGCUUUCACAUUUGUGACCCUGGAGCACAAAACCAGUCUUAAGUUGCUGGGGUAAAUUUGUAGCA